AUGGCUAGCAUUGGAAAUUUCAUCUAUUUUCCUGUCAAAGACUUUUUCCUCCUCGAAAUUGUAUUCUUAACUAUUGCUCAUAAAAUUACUACCUCUCUAUCACUCUCUCUUGGCAAUCUCUCUGUCGGUAAUUAUUCUGCAACAUGGGCUGAAGUUCAAAGGCAUAGGAAUCUAAGUCAAGUAGCAAUAGAUUAUGCUCUUUUAAUCGAUGUUUCGAGUUCUAUGAAUAGUGUAAUAAAACCACCUGCUCCUCAAUGUUUUGCGGGACAUGACUUGAAACAGAAAUAUUGCAAAGGAGAAUGGUGGUGUGAUGUGUGUGGAAAGGAUGGACUGACAUCAACUUCUCAAUAUCAUUGUGAUACUU